AUGGUUCAUUUGAUGGCGCAUUGGGUUCUUCCAGAUCGCGGACCUUGGUAUGGGCCAAGACAACUUGGCUAUGUUUCAGAUCCAGGAAGUGUUAAAGAAACUGCCAAUAACUUUGGGUACUAUACUAUUAACUCUAUUUCACAUGACGGAAACACACACGAAACAGUCGGGAGCAAAUGUAUUAAAGACCCAAAUAACGCCUUUAUACCAAAUGCAUUUGAAACUGAAUUUAUUAGCAGCCAAAAUGAAGAAUACACAAUAUCUACUCUUAAUAACUGGGCAAAAGAUCCAACUAGCUAUGUGGAAUAUACUAACAGCUCAGUGACAACGGCGAAACCGACAGACAAAGACCGCGUUAUUACAGUUCCCUUGCGUAAAGCUUAUGCAAUGUAUAAGUUGCAUUUAAGCACAACAGAGGAAUAUCCUCAGGGAAGUGUCAAAUCCAGUUCUGUAGUAUGGACUACCAAUACAGGUUUGAUCCAAAACAUAAAAAUAAUCGAUGGAAGCAAUGAAACGACUAAACUUCGAGUUACUUUAAACGAAAAUCAAUACGGUAACGCUGUGGAUCCUAUUAUUUGGAGUUGGCAUAUUUGGGCUCCUGAAGCAAUAGUUGGUUCAUUAGAUUACGAAACUGAAACCUCGGCGAAUAGAGGUAUUAUAAAUGUUUCUAAUACAGCUUUCAUAAAUCCCGUGAAAAGUAUUGGCGUUCCAUUGAAGACUAUUCUCAUGGAUCGAGAUUUGGGAGCUCUGAUGAUGUUCCUGGAAGAAGCUUCUGCAGGUAGUGCAUCAUAUAUUUACAGCUUCAUUCCUCAAAUCAGUAAAAGUGGAGGGCUGUAUUUUCAAUGGGGAAGAAAAGACCCUCUUCCUGUCUUCAUCAAUGCUGGAGGACAUUAUGAUUUCGGAACUGCAGUAGGAAGCCAGGGAAGUAUUUAUAAGAAUAUUAACAGAUAUACAAUUCGUACUCAGAGCGGACCAAUGAGUAAUGGAAUAAUUCCUUAUUCAGGAACAAUUGACAGUACAAGUUAUACUACAAAUUAUGCUAAAGAAUUCUCGACCGAUUAUUCUUCGGCGUUCGUGUCUGCAGAUGCUAAGAAGGACAAAAUAAAGAAAGUAUUGAUGUAUUCUGUGAACAAUCCGCUAUAUUUUUUAUAUCACAAUCCUUCAAAUGAAACAAAUCAAUUUAAAAAAGUUCGUGAGUGGAUAUUUGAUGAAAACGGUCAGUUUACAAACAGAUGA